AUGAGAUUAACACGUCAGGCAAGACACCAUAACUCUUCUCCUCCGACUUCUUCACGCGCCGACGACGCUUUCCCAACCGUCCAGCUAUUUAUCCUAGCGGUAUGUCGCUUUGCAGAGCCGAUCGCAUUGACCUCCAUCUUCCCAUAUUCAUGGGUAAUGGUUAAGGAUUUCAAUAUUGGAGACAAGAGCAAUGCGUCCUUUUACGCUGGAAUUAUCAUUUCCGCCUUUGCCUUGUCGGAGAGCCUGACUGGAAUGUUCUGGGGAGGCCUGUCGGACAAAGUUGGUCGCAAGCCUGUUCUUCUCCUAGGAUGUGCUGGUACUGUCUUGUCUCUUAUGAUAGUCGGGUUUUCCCGGAACUUCUGGAUGGCUCUCCUCGGCAGAGUUGUUGGCGGCCUCCUGAACGGCAAUGUUGGGGUUAUCCAGACAAUGGUUGGUGAGGUGGUUAAGAAUCCGGACCAUGAGCCGCGAGCAUACGCUGUUAUGCCAUUUGUCUGGUCUAUUGGGACAAUCAUAGGCCCAGCGAUUGGAGGCACGUUUGCGCAGCCAUAUAAAUCCUUCCCUUCGCUCUUCUCUCCAUCAGGCUUGUUUGGUACCUUCCCUUACCUUCUCCCUAACAUAAUAUGUUCGCUGCUACUCUUUAUCAGUAUCUUUGCCGGAUACUUUUUCCUGAAUGAAACACAUCCCGACCACCAACCCCAGCAUACUCGUAUUGAAGGUGCAGAACAGCAUACCGAUGAGGAUGAUAAUGACACUAUUGGUGCUCCUCUCUAUGCUGUCGCUACGGCAGGAUCUACAGCUCAUGCUGGUGCAGACUUAACCGCCAAGUCAUAUGGCACUUUCAACGAGGUUGACAUGCACGAGGAUGAGGAAUGGUAUGUCAGGCCAGAUGGGAAAUCCCUUCCGGCUCCGGAUUCGGGUAAAGUCUUUACAAAACGUGUGACUAUGCUCAUAAUCGCCCUGGGUAUCUUCACCUACCAUUCCAUGACCUACGAUCAUCUCCUCCCGAUUUUCCUUCAGGAUCAGAGAGAUGGACUUAUCCACCACCGUCCGUCCUCUCCCCUGGACAUCCCAGGAGGAUUAGCCCUAUCCACGCAAACUGUUGGCUUGAUCAUGGCCGUAAACGGAGUUAUUGCCCUGAUAAUUCAGGCCUUCAUCUUCCCUAUUGUCACCGAAUGGUUAGGCGUAUGGAGCGUCUUCGUUCUCGUCACCAUCCUCCAUCCCGUGGCAUACUUUAUUGUGCCCUUCUUGGUUUUCCUGCCAAUCCGCCUCUUAUACCCUGGCAUCUACACAUGUCUUACGAUUCGAAAUCUUUUCUCCAUCCUGGCCUAUCCCGUGCUGCUCAUAUUGAUCAAGCAAGCCAGCCCGUCGUACAAUACCCUCGGAAAAAUCAACGGCCUUGCUGCAUCCGCUGGAGCAGCCUGUCGAACACUUGCCCCGCCGAUUGCCGGAUACCUUUAUACUGUCGGGACCCGAAUUGGGUUUACCGGAAUUGCCUGGUGGGCUAGCAGCCUAGUCGCUAUCUUCGGAGCCCUGCAACUUUGGUUUAUGAGCGGUAAACCACACACAAGUGUUUCCAUACUGGCUCGCCCACCUUGUUUUUCCAGACAUGUGGAAACUCAUCCUCCCGUCAUUCACGUCCAUGUGGAAGAGGAAGAGCAACCGACACCACAUGAACGUCAGCCGUUGGUAUAA